AUGGUCAAAGAGACAUUAUGUUUCUGUAACGCUCAGAAGUACACGGCUAUCCUGUUGUCCGCAGCGGAAAUCACAACAUGCGGCCCUUCAACGCAGAAUACCUGUUCUACAUCUGGUGGGCAUGCUUUCGAUCAAAUAAUACCACUAGCGUCUGCUUCUGUUACAUCCUCAUCUAGAACUAAACACAUGCCCUACCAGGUAUUUAUUAAUCAUUGUGGACAAGAUGUCAAAGAGACGCUAGCAAGCCGUAUCUACAAUUCCCUCGAGGGCACGGGAGUACGAGUAUUUCUAGACAAAACUGAGCUGAAUCAUGGGGAUUUCUUCCCUCUAGCUAUAGAAGCAGCAAUGCGUAGUGCUUCAUUUCAUAUAGCCAUUUUUUCUGAGCAUUAUGCUCAGUCCCCCUGGUGCUUAGCUGAACUAGCAUUUAUGAUCGAAAUUGGCGAAACAAUUGUUCCCGUCUUCUAUCAUGUUGAGCCUUUUGAUUUAAGAUGGGCGAUUAAGGGAAAAGGAAAGUAUGCAGAUGCCUUAUCUGAGCACGAAAGCAAGGGUAGAAUCGCUUCAGAAGAACUUCACCGGUGGAAAAUGGCACUCCACAGGGUUUCAUUUUGUCAUGGCUACAUUAUUAAAAAUACAGAAUAA